CAUGUGGCAGGACAGGUACAUGGCAAGCACAGACUCCAUCUUUUGCAUCCUUUAGUAGAGCAGUGCAGUGGGAGUUACAUAUAACAUUACCCACUGGGACACAUGCAAGUACAGCAUAUAGCUAAUGUUUCCCUAGGUUAAGUGAUUACACUUUGAAAUAUGAGGGCCCUCAUCCUUGGCCUGGCCCUUGUCUUGUCUGUGAUGGAGGCAUCUGCCAAAGUAAAAUCAUCCAAGAAAGGGAAGAAGGUCAUCUGCCCUUCACAGUUAUCAGCUGAGGAUCUGGCACGAGUCCCAGCAAAUUCAACAAGUAACAUCCUGAACAGGCUACUGGUCACUUAUGAUCCCAGAAUUCGACCAAAUUUUAAAGGUAUCCCAGUGGAAGCCAAAGUGAACAUCUUCAUAAACAGCUUUGGCUCCAUCCAGGAAACCACCAUGGAUUACAGAAUUAACAUUUUCCUGAGGCAGAGGUGGAACGACCCCAGGCUGAGGCUGCCCACAGACUUCAAGUCUGACUCCCUCACUGUAGACCCCAAGAUGUUCAACUGCCUGUGGAAGCCUGACCUCUUCUUCGCCAACGAGAAAAACGCCAACUUCCAUGAUGUCACCCAGGAGAACAUCCUGCUUUUCAUCUUUCGCAAUGGCGAUGUGCUUAUUAGCAUGAGGUUGUCUAUCACCCUAUCCUGCCCACUGGACCUGACCUUGUUUCCCAUGGAUACACAGAAGUGCCACAUGCAACUGGAGAGCUUCGGCUUCACAACGGACGACCUGCGGUUCAUGUGGCAGUCCAGUGACCCUGUGCAGAUGGACGAGAUUGCUCUGCCUCAGUUUGACAUCAAGCAAGAGGACAUCGAAUAUGGAAACUGCACCAAGUUUUACAAAGGGACUGGCUAUUACACCUGCGUGGAGGUGAUCUUCACGCUGCGGAGGCUGGUGGGGUUCUACUUGAUGGGCGUCUACGCCCCCACCCUCCUGCUGGUGGUGCUGUCAUGGCUGUCCUUCUGGAUCAACCCAGACGCCAGCGCGGCUCGAGUCCCCCUGGGAAUCCUGUCAGUGCUGUCCCUGUCUUCGGAAUGCACUUCCCUGGCCUCCGAGCUGCCCAAGGUGUCGUACGUGAAGGCCAUCGAUAUCUGGAUGAUCGCCUGCCUGCUGUACGGGUUUGCGUCCCUGGUGGAGUACGCGGUUGUGCAGGUGAUGCUCAACAGCCCCAAGAGGAUCGAGGCAGAGAAGGCCAAGCUGGCGGCCAAGAACAAGGCAGAGGGGAAGACCCCGGCCAAAAACAACACCAUCAACGGGACAGGGGGCACGCCCAUUCACGUCAGUACGCUGCAGGUAGUGGAAACCAGGUGCAAAAAGGUGUGCACUUCCAAGUCAGACCUGCGAUCCAACGACUUCAGCAUCGUGGGGUCACUGCCCAGGGAUUUCGAACUGUCGAACUUCGACUGCUACGGGAAGCCCAUUGAGGUGAGCAGCGCCCUGGGCAAGUCCCAGGCCAAGAACAACAAGAAGCCCCCCCCGCCCAAACCCGUCAUUCCCUCCGCCGCCAAGAGAAUCGACCUUUACGCACGAGCCCUGUUUCCCUUCACCUUCCUCUUCUUCAACGUCAUUUACUGGUCUGUGUACCUGUGAUGACCUCAUUAAGAGCCUUCCCUCUGAGAUGCAUCUUUUUCUUCUUUUUUUUUUGGGCUAAUAUUUGCUGUUCAUUUAUUUGAUUUUGAUUUUUGAAAUUUUAUUCUUUGCACUAGAAAGCAAAAGGUAUUGCAUUUUUGGCAUUGUGCAACCGAUGUGGAGAAAACAGGCUAACCUUUGCAAAAUAAUAAUUGGCCCUUUGCACUAUUAACGACCGCAUGAUAUAUGAAAGAAUGAUGUGCAGUACUGUAUGUGUGUGCCCAUCCAGCUUUGGUAUGUGAACGUGUGCAGCCGAAGGCUUUGCUUCCAGAAAUGCCGAAUGAUAGACCGCUUGCUGAAGAAGUACUUGUGUGGAAGGAGACCGUAAUGUUGCUAUUUUGUCACCAAUAAAAUAAAUAAAAGUAUAAUACCUUGCAUGUUUAAAUAUGUGAAUCAGUAUAUGCACAAUACGUAAAUGUAUCAUAUACAGUGUAUGUAUGAAUUAUACAUAUGAUAGAGAAUAUAUCUAAUGGAGAAUGAUUUUUAUUCAUGAGAGCCCUUUUUAGAAACAAAAAAAUGUGUUUAUUUUUUCUGAUUGUUGACGUUGUGGUUUAUCCUGAAAAGGGCAUUGAAAGAAACUGCGAAACAGAGCAAUACAAAAGCGGGGCAAUACUUUAAAUCUUUAUUUAAAGAAAUGAGCUGCUCAGCAGAAAAUAAAUGAGCUAAUAAAAGACUGAUGUAAACACCAA